AUGCAUGUGGACCAGUGGAGAUGGGAGAAAGAGAUGCUCAACCACAUGAAGAAAGUCCAGGAGCAGAAACUCAGAAGAGUCAGGGAUCUUCCUCCAGAGCUGACAGAGGAAAAAAAGCCUUAUCCUAAUGAUGAAAGCCUGGCCCGUCAGUUGGUCGAAUUAGGCUACCGAGGGACUGGGGAGGUGGUGAAAAGGGAAGAUUUUGAGGCAAGAAAGGCAGCUAUAGAAAUUGCAAGACUGGCUGAAAGAACUCAGAAAAAAACACUAACAAGUGCUGGCAAAAACCUGCAAGAUAACUUUUUGAAGGCCCUGGCCGGGAGAGAAGAGGACAAUCGUACUGGAAAAGUGAGCUCUGUGAUCUUUAUUCGUGACAAAAACGCUCACGGACAAGAGGUGUCAGGCUACAUCGACUAUGCCCACAGGCUGAAGGUGGAAGAUUUUGAAGUCUACUUUGCUGGAAAAAAGAGACUUCUUCCAAAGCCCACAGAUUUGAGCUUUUACAACUGGGAUAGUCAUAUUGCUGUCUGGAAUUCAAGCCCCAAUUAUCAAGUGAUUGCUGACAAUCCAGAAGGUUUACUCUUCAAAUACAAAAGAGAUAGAAAAAUUCUCAAUGUGGAUCCCAAGGCUCAUCCAGGAGAAAACUCUACCAGAACAUCGAUCCAAACAGAACUCUACAUACAAGCUGUAAUUUUUGACCAUAUUUCCAGAAGGAAGACUUAACUAUCAACAUGUUAGAUGGUCUCUAAUUGCUUGCUAAAUUUAAAUAGAUCU